CCCGCCCGCUCUUCCUGUGCGGAGGGGAUCGCAUUUCCCCGCGGCACCCGCGGACACCAGGCAGGCCCGGCCGGGUGCGCGGCCAGGGCCCGCUCCCCGCGCCGCCUGCUCCCUGCGCCCCCGGGCGCCGCCCCCGCCAGCGCCUGGGCUCCGACAGGCGACUUGGAGCGCGAGAGGCGAGCGGAGCAGGCCGCCCUGCCCGCGGCCUGAGCGCCGGCGCGAGGAGGGGGCGCCGCGGCCCACCCUCCGUCCUGCCUGGCCGCGGGCCGGCCGGGCCGACGCGCCCUGACCCCCAUGGCCACCUGGGCCUCCUGGCCACGAAGUCGCAGCGCCAGACCCAGGGCCCCGAAGUGAGCACGGGCGCCGAGGAUCUCAUCUGGCCGCCGCGUUCUGGAAGAGGAGAGGGGGAGAGCGCGCGCGAGAGAACAGAGACGGAGGUGGAAAGGGAGACGGCGAGACGCGCAGCGCCGGCGCCCCGGAGACCCAGGAGGAGCCCGCAGGGAUCCAACCUUGGAGUCUAAAGAGGCUAUGGACCCUGUGACCCCUCACUGCAACUGCCCAGAGGACAGUAGUUGCCAUGGUGACAGCAGGUGGUCAGUGACCAUCAUUGCCCAUUAGUGGACCUACCUAAGAUAACCAGCCCAAGUCAUGCAGUCUUUUCGAGAAAGGUGUGGUUUCCAUGGCAAACAACAGAGCUACCCACAGACCUCGCAGGAAGCGUCUCGCCUGGAGAAUUACAGGCAGCCGAGUCAGGCCGGGCUGAGCUGUGACAGGCAGCGGCUGCUCGCCAAGGACUAUUAUAACCCGCAGCCUUACCCGGGCUACGAGGGUGGCGCCAGCACGCCCUCCAGCACUGCGGCCGCGGUGGCCGCAGAGAAGUACCACCGAGGUAGCAAGGCCCUGCCCUCACAGCAGGCCCUGCAGGGGAGGCCGGCUUUCCCCGGCUAUGGUGGCAUCCAGGACAGCAACCCUUACCCGGGACGCUACUCUGGGGAGGAGGGCCUGCAGGCCUGGGGGGCCCCCCAGCCGCCACCCCCCCAGCCACAGCCCCUGCCAGGAGGGGUGGGCAAGUAUGAUGAGAACUUACUCAAAAAGACAGCAGUGCCCCCUGGCAGGCAGUACCCAGAGCAGGGCGCCCAGCUCCCCUUUCGGACUCACUCCCUGCAUGUCCAGCAGCCCCCGCCGCCACAGCUGCCACAGCCCCAGCAGCCCCUGGCAUACCCCAAACUCCAAAGGCAGAAACUACAAAAUGACAUUGCCUCGCCCCUGCCUUUUCCCCAGGGCGGUCACUUUCCCCAGCAUUCCCAGUCUUUCCCCACCUCUUCCACCUACUCCUCGUCCGUCCAGGGCAGCGGACAGGGGGCCCACUCUUAUAAGAGUUGCACAGCACCGUCCGCCCAGCCCCAUGAUAGGCCACUGACCGCCAACGCCAGCCUGGCCCCGGGACAGCGGGUCCAGAACCUUCAUGCCUACCAGUCAGGCCGACUCGGCUAUGACCAGCAACAGCAGCAAGCACUUCAUAGCCGGCACCACGCCCAGGAGACUCUCCAUUAUCAAAACCUCGCCAAAUACCAACACUAUGGACAGCAAGGCCAGGGCUACUGCCAGCCGGACACGGCGGUCAGGACCCCGGAGCAGUACUACCAGACCUUCAGCCCCAGCUCCAGCCAUUCCCCUGCCCGUUCAGUGGGCCGCUCACCUUCCUACAGCUCCACCCCAUCCCCACUAAUGCCAAACCUAGAGAACUUCCCAUACAACCAGCAGCCACUCAGCACUGGGGCCUUCCCCACGGGGAUCACCGACCACAGCCACUUCAUGCCCCUGCUCAACCCCUCCCCAACAGACGCCGCCAGCUCUGUGGACACCCAGGCCAGCAACUGCAAGCCGCUGCAGAAGGACAAAAUCCCUGAGAACCUGCUGUCAGAUCUCAGCCUGCAGAGCCUCACAGCACUGACCUCGCAGGUGGAGAAUAUAUCCAACACUGUCCAGCAGCUUCUGCUGUCCAAGGCUGCCGUGCCACAAAAGAAAGGGGUCAAGAACCUCGUGUCCAGGACCCCAGAGCAGCACAAGAGCCAGCACUGCAGCCCCGAGGGCAGUGGCUACUCGGCUGAGCCGGCGGGGACCCCGCUGUCUGAGCCUCUGAGUAGCACGCCGCAGUCCACCCACGCCGAGCCGCAGGAGGCUGACUACCUGAGCGGCUCUGAAGACCCGCUGGAGCGCAGCUUCCUCUACUGCAACCAGGCCCGUGGCAGCCCUGCGAGGGUCAACAGCAACUCGAAGGCCAAGCCUGAGUCUGUGUCCACCUGUUCUGUGACCUCGCCUGACGACAUGUCCACCAAAUCUGACGACUCCUUCCAGAGCCUGCACAGCAGUCUGCCGCUGGACAGCUUCUCCAAGUUCGUGGCAGGCGAGCGGGACUGCCCGCGGCUGCUGCUCAGUGCCCUGGCACAGGAGGACCUGGCCUCUGAGAUCCUGGGACUGCAAGAAGCCAUUGGCGAGAAAGCUGAUAAGGCCUGGGCUGAGACCCCCGGCCUGGCCAAGGAUGCCAGCAAGGCGCCCUUCUCCCUGGAGAACCAUAGCGCCUGCCUUGACUCUGUGACCAAGAACGCGUGGCCACGACCUGGGGAGCCUGAGGCCCUACCUGAUUCCUUGCAGCUGGACAAGAGCAGCAAUGCCAAGGACUUUAGCCCAGGGCUGUUUGAAGACCCUUCUGUGGCCUUUGCCACCCCUGACCCCAAGAAGACAACUGGUCCCCUCUCCUUUGGCACCAAGCCCACCCUUGGGGCUGCCACCCCAGACCCCACUACAGCAGCUUUUGACUGCUUCCCGGACACAACCACCGCCAGCUCAGCAGACAGUGCCAACCCCUUUGCCUGGCCGGAGGAGAACCUGGGGGAUGCUUGUCCCCGCUGGGGACUGCACCCUGGCGAGCUCACCAAGGGCUUGGAGCAGGGUGGAAAGGCCUCUGACAGUGUGGGCAAAGGGGAUGCCCACGAGGCUUCAGCCUGCCUGGGCUUCCAGGAGGAGGAGCCCCCUGGGGAGAAGGCAGCUGCACUGCCCGGGGACUUCAAGCAGGAGGAGGCGGGUGGGGUGAAGGAGGAGGCGGGUGGGCUGUUGCAGUGCCCAGAUGUGGGCAAGGCCGACCGGUGGCUGGAGGAUAGCCGGCACUGCUGCUCUGCAGCUGACUUUGGGGACCUGCCCCUGUUGCCGCCCACCGGCAGGAAGGAGGACCUGGAGGCCGAGGAGUACUCCUCCCUGUGCGAGCUGCUGGGCAGCCCAGAGCAGAGACCUGGCAUGCAGGACCCGCUGUCGCCCAAGGCCCCCCUCAUCUGCACCAAGGAGGAGGUGGAGGAGGUGUUGGACUCCAAGGCCGGCUGGGGUUCCCCGUGCCACCUCUCUGGGGAGUCUGUCAUCUUGCUGGGCCCUACUGUGGGUGCCGAGUCCAAGGUCCAGAGCUGGUUUGAGUCCUCUUUGUCCCACAUGAAGCCUGGCGAAGAAGGGCCUGAUGGGGAACGGGCUCCGGUGGAUUCCACCACCUCUGAUGGCUCCCUGGCCCAAAAGCCGAAUAAGCCCGCUGUGCCCGAGGCACCCAUCGCUAAGAAAGAGCCUGUGCCACGGGGCAAAAGUUUACGGAGCCGGCGGGUACACCGGGGGCUGCCCGAGGCCGAGGACUCCCCGUGCAGAGCACCAGCGUUGCCCAAAGACCUCUUGCUCCCCGAAUCCUGCACAGGGCCCCCACAGGGACAGAUGGAAGGGGCAGGAGCCCCAGGCAGGGGGCCCUCUGAAGGGCUCCCUAGAAUGUGUACCCGCUCCCUCACGGCCCUGAGCGAGCCCCGCACGCCCGGACCCCCAGGCCUGACCACCACCCCCGCGCCUCCUGACAAACUGGGGGGCAAGCAGCGAGCUGCCUUCAAGUCGGGCAAGCGGGUGGGGAAGCCCUCGCCCAAGGCCGCUUCCAGCCCCAGCAAUCCAGCUGCCCUGCCUGUGGCCUCGGACAGCAGCCCUAUGGGCUCCAAAACCAAGGAGACAGACUCGCCUGGCAUACCCAGCAAGGACCAGCGCUCCAUGAUCCUCCGGUCGCGCACCAAACCCCAAGAGGUCUUCCACGCCAAGCGGCGGCGACCCUCAGAGAGCCGGCUCCCCAACUGCCGGGCCACCAAGAAGGUCCUUGCCAACAACCACCUGCCUGCCACGUUCAAAGUCUCCGGCAGUCCCCAGAAGGAGGGCAGAGUGAGCCAGCGAGCAAGGGUCCCCAAGCCUGGCACAGGGGGCAAGCUUUCCGAUCGGCCCCUUCAUGCCCUCAAGAGGAAAUCAUCCUUCAUGGCACCUGUCCCUACCAAGAAGCGGAACCUGGUCCUACGCAGCAGCAGCAGCAGCAGCAGCAGCAACACCAGUGGCGGUGGGGGGGAUGGGAAGGAGGAGAGGGCUGAGGGCUCCCCCUCUCUCUUUAAGAGAAUGUCUUCUCCCAAGAAGGCCAAGCCCAAGGGCAGCGGCGAGCCCACCACAAAGCCUCCGCCCCCGGAGGCCCCCGACGCCUGCAUCAAGCUCGCCUCACGGACAGCUUUCCAGGGGACCAUGAAGACCAAGGUGCUGCCACCCCGGAAAGGUCGGGGCCUGAAGCUGGAAGCCAUUGUGCAGAAGAUCACCUCGCCCAGCCUCAAGAAGUUUGCAUGCAAAGUGCCAGGUGCCCCGCCAGGGACUCCUCUGAGCCCCACCCUCCCUGAGAAGGACCGUGGGGGGCUUAAGAGUGCUGGGGGCAGCCCGGCUGGGGCAGAAGAAGGUCUGGUAAGUGUGGGCACUGGACAGAAGUUCCCAGCAGUUUCGGGAGGCGACCCGUUGUGUAGAAAUCCUACCAACAGGUCCUUAAAAGGCAAACUUAUGAACAGUAAGAAACUGUCCUCCACUGACUGUUUCAAAACCGAGGCCUUCAUGUCCCUGGAGGCCCUGCAGCCUGGGGGGACUGCGCUGGCACCGAAGAAGAGGAGCCGGAAAGGCAGGGCUGGAGGCCUCGGACUCUCCAAAGGCCCUCUGGAGAAGCGGCCCUAUCUUGGCCCAGCUUUGCUCCUCACUCCCCGAGACAGGGCCAGCGGCACACAGGGGGGCGGCGAGGAUAACUCUGGUGGAGGAGGCAAGAAGCCAAAGACGGAGGAGCUGGGCCUGGCCUCCCAGCCCCCUGAGGGCCGGCCCUGCCAGCCCCAGACAAGGGCACAGAAGCAGCCAGGCCAUACCAAUUACAGCAGCUAUUCCAAGCGGAAGCGCCUCACGCGUGGCCGGGCCAAGAACACCAACGCUUCACCCUGUAAGGGGCGUGCCAAGCGGAGACGGCAGCAGCAGGUGCUGCCCCUGGAUCCCGCAGAGCCUGAAAUCCGCCUCAAGUACAUUUCCUCUUGCAAGAGGCUGAGGGCAGACAGCAGGACCCCAGCCUUUUCACCCUUCGUGCGGGUGGAGAAGCGAGAUGCCUUCACCACCGUAUGCACUGUUGUCAACUCCCCAGGGGAUGAGCCCAAGCCCCACAGGAAGCCUUCCUCCUCCACCUCCUCCUCUUCAUCCUCAUCCUCGUUCUCCUUGGAUGUGGCCGGGGCCUCCCUGACCACGCUCCCAGGGGGCUCCAUCCUGCAGCCACGGCCCUCCCUGCCUCUCUCUUCCACAAUGCACCUGGGGCCUGUGGUUUCCAAGGCUCUGAGUACCUCUUGCCUUGUCUGCUGCCUCUGCCAAAACCCGGCCAACUUCAAGGACCUUGGGGACCUCUGUGGGCCCUACUACCCUGAACACUGCCUCCCUAAAAAGAAGCCAAAACUCAAGGAGAAGGUGCGGCCGGAAGGCACCUGUGAGGAGGCCUCACUGCCCCUUGAGAGAACACUCAAAGUUGAGUGUGCAGCCCCUGCUGCCACCACCGCUGGGAAGCCCCCCAGGCCCGACGGCCCAGCGGACCCGGCCAAGCAGGGCUCACUGCGCACCAGUGCCCGGGGCCUGUCCCGGCGGCUGCAGAGUUGCUACUGCUGUGAUGGUCGGGGGGACGGGGGCGAGGAGGUGGCCACAGCCGACAAGAGCCGCAAGCAUGAGUGCAGCAAGGAGGCCCCUGCAGAGCCUGGCGGGGACACCCAGGAGCACUGGGUGCAUGAGGCCUGCGCCGUGUGGACCGGCGGGGUCUACCUGGUGGCCGGGAAGCUCUUUGGGCUGCAGGAGGCCAUGAAGGUGGCCGUGGACAUGACAUGUUCCAGCUGCCAGGAAGCCGGGGCCACCAUCGGAUGCUCCUACAAAGGAUGCGUCCACUCCUACCAUUACCCGUGUGCCAGCGAUGCGGGUUGUGUAUUCAUCGAAGAGAACUUUUCUUUGAAAUGUCCCAAACAUAAGAGGCUGCCGUUGUAAUCCACCGCAACGGCUGGAGAAGCCGCCGGAGUCGACUGACGCCCGCCUCCGAAGAAGAGAAGCAGCCUGCGCAGCCCUGGGGCCUUUGAGCUGCUCCCAGCGCGCGUCCAGAGCCGAUCCUUGAUCCGGG